AAACCUUUUAUUUAAAGUACUUGUAAUUAAUGUUGUUGCGUGUUCCGUUCCAACUCGAGCUUUUGCUGUAAGGCUUUUGGUAUGUGUCUCGCUGCAUAAUGAAUUUUCAUUUUAGAAAACGCUAUAAUACCAUAUUACCAUUUGUGAAUUUAUCUAGUAUCAUUUUUACGUCCUCCCUAGCUGUAACCACAGCUGCCCUACCUUAAAUUCAAGUCUAACUACGGCCCUGCAAUGGUAUAAUGUUCAGUUUAGACAGGGUCCCCAGCUUAGAGGUUCAGCCCCGAAUUAAGUGGUACUUAUGGCAUUUUUAGGCACCGUUUUGAUUUUUUUUUAUUUAUUUCAGUAAAUUAGUGGUCAGGUAGUAGAGGAGAAACUAAAGACAAAAACUGUUUUGAAACUGAAAAAACAAUAAGUACUUGUAUACCUACCGCUGCUUAGCGAACACGUAACAAUGCAGAAAUACCUAUCCGGGCUCUAGUCAUGCCUACAAUGAAUUCUACUUGUCCCGAUAACCUAACUUAUUUAUAAACAUUUUCAGAGUAUAUUAAAAGGCUAUUUAGGUACGUAAUAAAUAAAAAAAAAACAGUAAGUAGGCUUAUAAAUAAAAAUAAUGGAAUCAAUUAUAAAUAAGACCAUUAGUUGUGCAUCAUAAUGGGCAUAAUACCUCGAUGACCAUACCUAAUUAUAAUGCUGUGUAAUGGACAUAAAUUGGCUUUACAUAACAUUUCCGUAAUUUGUUACAUUUUAAAAAUAUAUAUUUUGAAAACAAUUAUAUUUGUAGGAAUAAAACUCCGAGCACUGUUUAAAUAGAAUAUCAAAUUGUUUGUAGGUUCCAUAAAAUUUGAUGUUUUACCUACAGUCGGAUUAAAAGAUAUAAAAACUGCACGGAAAAGCUAGGGGUCCCUACACAGGAUACACAAGUUAUUUCAAUGCUUUGUUUUUGGUGAAGGUUAGGCGUGUUGUUAAUCAAUUUUAAUUAGACACCGAGUCCAAAAUCGGUAUCCAGUAUAUACCUGUUAUUUGAAAUUAUAUUUUGGUUUUGAAUAGUUUUUGAAGGUGGCUUAAUUUUUUUAAAUUUUUUUUUUUACUAUGUAAUCUCUUUCUCUUUUGAUCCAAACAGGAGACGACACCACCCCAAAGUGACUGCGAACGACAACUCGGUCUUAGACACUAGGCGCAGGAAGCCCGCACUCGUCCCUAAUGCGCCGAAGAUGGCCACCGCGAAGUUUUAUUUGCACUACGCAAAAUUGUCCGAAACCAAUCUAAAAUGGUGCAACGGCCAUUCAGUGAUAGCAGCAGAGGUAGUACUAUUGCAAGAAAUUUGACGGCAAACAUUAAGUUUAAUGAAGCACUCAUGUUCCCUGAUUACGUUCAGACUAAGACAUUUGUAAAUAAAAUGCAAAGGCCGAAGAUGACAACCAUUUUGUCAUCCAUUCAGCCGGGAAGAGGCAUGAUGGCGUAUUCUAAAACGAAAAUCGGUAAAAAUGAAAAUGUGUUAACAAAUGAACUUCGAUUGGCAAGAAAUACUUUUCCAAAUAUAUCUAUGAUGCCUCCACCAGAGGCAGAUAAUGUUUUGUUUCCGAAUCAAAUAAAUAAUUCAGAUAUCAAGGGCUUCUAUCAAAUUUCGACGCCCAACAGAUUCUUUUCGACAAGUGACGAACACGAUUUGCAAAGUGUUGAACAAAAAAUGCACGAAAAAAACUCUAUUGUGCUACCACAACAUUCAAAUAAAGACAACAACAGCUCAUUGAUGAAAAGUAUAUUUAUACCUAACAUAGAACCGAAACAAUAUGUGCACAAAAAGGAUAUCCCAGAUGCAGAUCCAGAAAGCGAAAAGGCAGACUUCUUGCUUGAAGAAGUACCUGCAGAAUUCAAUUCUCUUUACAGUUACAAUAUUUCACACAACUCACACAUUUGUACCGUUAUAAAUGAGAUAAAAGCCGAUAUUGACGCACAAGAAAAAUUUGGCGAGUUUAAUAUUGAGCCUCAGUGGAUGCAAAAAAAACACUUUUGGAAUAGUGUAUUCGAUAGCCGUUAUGAAUCUCUUAUGAGAAAUGCAAAAUGGCCACCAUUGAAGGUACUAUUAAUUCCUAGAACACAUGUAGAUACCAUAUGGAAACACUCCUUCGAAAGAUAUCAUAAUGAUUCAGUCAACAGGAUUCUAUCAAAUUUAGUAAAGAAAUUACAAUUUUAUUCAAGCUUAACGUUUACAUGGAACGAGGUAUCCCAUUUGAGCCAUUGGUGGAAAACAACGUCGCAAAAAAGCCGUUUGAGCUUUCGCAAGCUGCUUAAAUCCGAAAGAUUGGAAAUAACGACAGGUGGUUGGGUGGAAACUGACGAAGCAACUACACAUUUGUUUGGGCUUGUCCAUCAACUUAUUGAAGGUCAUCAGUGGCUUAAACAUAAUCUCAAUUAUGUUCCGAAGGUGGCAUGGUUAACAAAUACAGUGACACAUAGCCCGACAAUGGCUUAUAUUCUGUCAGCAUCCGGAGUAUCGCAGCUGGUAAUCACUAACGUCCACUAUUCCUGGGAGAAAUACUUAGCCGAAUACCAAAUAAGUGAUUUCAUAUGGCUGCAAAAUUGGGACGGUGACAAAUCAUCCUCCACGUUUCUUAAUGAAGUACUUAACAAACUUGGUAACGACCAUUAUCCAAAGCAUUCAGUUUUUACUCAUUAUAUACAAUUCAAUUCGGCUGACUUUAAGGCUUGUGGUCCAAAUAAAGAAAUUUGUAUUACAAAUUAUAAUUUCGCCAAGGCCCCUCGGAAUAUGGAUAUAAAUAUGUAUAAUGUUAAAGAAAAAGCCGAGAGGUUGCUUGAACAAUAUUCAAAAUCGGGAACAUUAUCUCCUCAUAACGUUAUAAUGGCGCCUAUAGGCGGUCCUUUUCGGUACGAGUCUCAACCAGAAUUUGACUAUCAAUAUAACAAUUACCAAAAAAUAGCUGACUUUGUCAAUAUUAAUCGGGAUAUCUACAAGGCCACUAUUAAUUUUGGAACACCUAAAGAUUAUUUUGCUAAUAUAUUUUCGAAACAUACUAAUUAUCCAACAUUAAAAGGCGACUUUUUCAACUUCGCUGAUAUAAGUUCAGGUAAUCCCGCCUACUGGACAGGAUUCUUCACAACUAGACCUUUCACCAAGAUUUUGUUGAGGCGCCUUCAAUCGACGCUACGCACUACAGAAUUAUUAUUGUCUUUUGCUAUUAGUCUUAAUGCGUUUAGGGGAUACAAUGCAUCGUCUGUUUUCGAACUCUUGAUAAAAGCUAGAGAAAAUGUGGCCAGGUUAGGAGAUCGCAAUGUUGUUAGUGGCACAUUAACGGUAACCGCCUUAAAGUAUGCACAUAAUUUAAUGGUGACAACUGCUAAAAACUGUUGGUAUAUACAAGAGCUCUCUGUGAGUUUGUUAAGCGUUAAAUCAAAUGAAAAAGUUCCCAAUCUCCAAAAAUAUGUAUACAGAGAUGGUGAAUUUAUGUCUAUUUUUAAAACAGUAACGCCAGGAGAUCAUAUAUACAUAUUUAACUCUUUGAGUCACGAAAGGACGGAAGUAGUAGAAUUAAUAACUAGAUAUCCAAACAUUCGAAUUGUAGAUCACAACAGAAAAGAAAUAACUAAGCAAAUCAAUCCUAUCUGGACAUAUAAUUCGGAUAAUUACAUAAAAAUCUCAAGAAGUUUUUAUAAGGUUAUUUUCGCUGUUGCUAUACCCCCGAUGACUUUAGAAUUAUUAAAGAUAAAAGAAACUUACGACGCAUCACAAAGUGCCGCAGCAUUGUAUUGUGUAUCGUGUGUAGUUGACGAUAUUGCUAGUAAUGUUUCCAUAUUUCCUUUCAACAUUCAGCCACUACAAACAGGUGACAUACAGUUGGAAAGUUAUAAACACAGGCUUAUAUUCGAUGAAGCGACUGGCUUUCUCAAACGAAUAGUAGAAAAAGAAACAAACACUCAAAAGACGUUCGUUUUAGAUUAUGGUGCAUUUAGAGUUUCGGAUCGAAAUUCAGGAAUGUUUUUAUUCAACACAAAUGUUACAAAACCUCUGCAUGACAUUCUACACCCCUAUAAGAUAGGCAUUCGCUCCAAAAUCAUUCUGAUAAUGUCAGGUCAAGUGGCCACCGAAUUAGUUACAGUCUAUGGACGCUUUCUGCAACAUACAACCAAAAUAUACAAUUUGAUUAAUAGCCCUCUAUCUGCAGCUAUUUACAUCGAAAGUAAAGUAGAUUAUGAAAUCUCUCCGAAGAACAGGGAAUUGGAAUUAUUUAUGACGAUACAAGCUGACGUCACAAAUGGAAAUCCACCGGAAAUUUUUACAGACAACAAUAGUUUUCAAUAUACCCGACGUGUUUUGAAUAUAAGUAGACGUGUUGAAUCCAACAUGUACCCAAUGACGAGCAUGACGUACAUACAAGAUGAGAAAAGUCGGCUUACGAUUAUUACUGACCAUGCUCAAGGAGUGACUGCCCUGCAGGAAGGGCAGAUAUUAGUAAUGUUAGACAGACGCAUCCUCUUUAACGAUGGUCGCGGAACAAAUGAGGGCCUCGCAGAUAGCAGCGUCACUUGCCACCGACAUUUUGUUCUAUUAGAAAACUUUGUUGAACCAGCGAAUAUAUUUGGUCAAGCGCCAAUGCACAGCCAAAUUAAUCUACCAAGUAUGUCAGCUAUUUAUCUCGCGAAUUCUUUAAAUUACUUAUUAGACAUAUACAUGGUAGAUAAGAAUGAGACUGAGUUGUCACAUUACGGCUUUUUACCACUAAUAAAAAUGCCUUUUCCUUGUGAUGUAGCAUUGAUUAACUAUAGAAUUGUAUUGAGUGCCGGGCACUUGCAGCAUCUGACUCCAAACGUUGCUUUAAUGACUUUGCACAGACAAGGCAUUUCGUGCCGAAUGGAUCGUUCAACACAUUUCUACUGCAACAGUGAUACGAAAUUCCAAAUAGACAAGAUACUUCGUAACGUAAAAGCCGUUUAUCAAACAAAUUUAGUCGGCACCAACAAAGGUGUCCCGUUAUUUAAUUUCAAUUUUGCCAACUUUCCUCCAAUGGAAUUGAUUACACUACGGAUACAUUUUUAAAAUAUUUAAAUUUUCUUUUUAAAAUAAAAGGCAUAUACAA